UCCAAGGGACACCAGACUGAAGACCAUGGUCUCUAAGCUGAGUCAUCUUCAGGUGGAGCUGCUGGGAGCACUGCUGGAGUCAGGGCUAACCAAGGAGACCCUGAUCAAAGCGCUCGGGGAAGUGGACCCCUAUGCCCUCCAGAGUGAAAGCCAGCGUGCCAUCAGUGCCAUCCAGGCGGAAAAAGGGGAACUCUGUGCUGAAAUUCCCAAUCUGUCCAAUGGGAUGGAGGAAUCCAGGAUGUCCGAGGAGGAAACCUCGGACGAUGGGGAGGAAUUUACCCCUCCAAUAAUGAAGGAGCUGGAAAACCUAAGUCCAGAGGAGGCUGCUCACCAGAAGGCUGUGGUGGAGAGACUAUUACAAGAGGAUCCCUGGAGAGUAGCAAAGAUGGUGAAAUCCUACCUCCAGCAGCACAACAUCCCUCAAAGGGAGGUGGUGGACACUACGGGUUUAAAUCAGUCUCACCUCUCACAGCACCUCAACAAAGGCACACCCAUGAAGACCCAGAAGAGAGCUGCCCUCUACACCUGGUACGUCCGCAAGCAGCGAGAGGUGGCACAGCAGUUCACCCAUGCUGGUCAGGGACUCGUGGCAGAGGAGCCCAUGGGAGAUGACCUGCCCACCAAGAAAGGGAGAAGAAACCGCUUUAAGUGGGGUCCUGCCUCACAACAGAUCCUAUUCCAAGCUUAUGAGAGACAGAAGAACCCAAGCAAGGAGGAGAGAGAAGCAUUGGUGGAGGAGUGCAACAGGGCAGAGUGCAUUCAGCGUGGCGUCUCCCCAUCCCAGGCCCAAGGUCUGGGCUCAAACCUGGUCACCGAGGUGAGAGUUUAUAACUGGUUCGCCAACCGUAGGAAGGAGGAGGCCUUUCGGCACAAGCUAGCCAUGGAUACCUACAGUGGGCCGCAGCCCAGCUCUGCUCCCUCACUUACCUCUCACAACUCUUCCUCCCUUCAGCCAACGCCUGCUAUCUCGCCAAGCAAAGUCCACGAUCAGCCUCAUCUGUGGGAACCAAGUCUCUCCUUUUCUGACAUAGGAAUGAGGUACAAUCAGCAGCCAGCCAAUGAGGCAGAGUCUUCCAGCAGCAAUCAUCAUGGGAACAGCUCCAUGGUGACCACCCAAACCAUUCUUCAUCAGGUCUCUCCCCCUGGACUGGAGCCAAGCCAGAACCUGUUGAGCACAGACACUAAGCUGAUCUCUGCUCAUGGGGGACCUCUCCCUCCUGUCAGCACCCUGACCGCUUUGCACAGCCUAGAGCAAAAUCCACACACGUUGAGCCAGCAAACCCAGAAUCUAAUCAUGGCAUCACUGCCUGGUGUUAUGGCAAUUGGAGCUGGUGAGACCUCAUCCCUGACACCAGCAUUCACCAACACAGGGGCCUCCACCCUGGUAAUAGGCCUAGCCUCCACCCAAGCCCAGAGUGUUCCUGUGAUAAACAGCAUGGGAAGCAGCCUUACUACCCUUCAGCCUGUCCAGUUCUCCCAGCAGCUCCACCCAUCUUACCAGCAGCCCAUCAUGCAGCAGGUCCAGAGCCACAUCAAUCAGAGCCCCUUCAUGGCCACCAUGGCCCAGAUACAGAGCCCGCAUGCUCUCUACAGCCACAAGUCUGAAGUGGCCCAAUAUGCACAUACUGGCCUUUUACCCCAGACCAUGGUGAUAACAGAUACAGCAAAUCUCAGUGCCCUGACUAACCUGACACCAACCAAACAGGUGUUUACAUCUGAAUCAGAGACCCAUACGGAGUCCGGGAUCCACACGUCAGUGUCACAGACGCCAACAAUACAUUUACAGAACCAAGACACAACCAUUCAGCACCUUCAGCCAGGCCAUCGCCUCACCCCAAGCCCAGCUGUCUCUUCUAGCAGCCUGGUGCUCUACCACAGCUCUGACUCCACCAACAGCCACAGCCACUUGCUGCCAUCUACUCACAGCGUUAUUGAGACCUUCAUCCCCACACAGAUGGCAUCCUCCACUCAGUAACCAUGGUGACUAGUUCACAGGCGACUGCCAUGACUGAGCCGUCAGGAGCACCUCCAUCUGUGUUUGUGAUUCACUGUCACUGCUGCCUUCCACAGGAAAGAGAGUGCCUGGCCUGGAGGCCUUCACCCCCUCUCCACUGCCUUGUGUAAAGUCCUCACCCUCAUCCAAACAAACACGGGAAGAGGUUUUUCUUGAGCACGAAGCUAUGAGCACACAUCCAGAUGACAGAGGAGGACAGGGCUGACACCACUAGCUUCCACUGCCAAAGGGAACAAUGGCCAGCAUAGAGACCAGAAAUUGAGGACUUCCACCAGGAUAAGGGUCUGAAUGGUCUAUGGCAAAAUUGCAAAGGGAUAGCUGGAAUUUUCAUUCUUCUUAACCUUAGCUGGGCUGCAUAUAUGUAAACCUGCCAAUUCCACAGCAGGUCCUGCAGGAAAGAGCAGAACUGAGCUGCUAAUGGCAGGUGAGCACCACUUAAACACCCACCACUGCUGCAAACAGGCAGAUGGAAACUGAAUGAGAGAGAAACUUUUCUUGGGGCAGACAGUACAAGAACCCGAAUACUGGCCCUGCAGCUAAAAGACACUGAGAAACAGAGCCAGGGGAUGACAUGAGAACUAUCUUCUCAUUACAGAACCACUAACUAAAAACUUGCCAUUUCUUUAACUUAAAAGGGACACUGUCAAUUUAUUUAGGUUCAGAAAUAUGACUUCCACUAGGCCAGGGCUGUUUGAGGGUAAGAGGCCUGAGUAUUUUCAAUAGUUCUGCUUUGUUUUAAAUUCAGAAAUUAAAGGUUAGGAGAAAGGAAUGUUUAGUUCUCCACAUCAGCAGGCUUGAUUCUUGGUCUCUCACACAGCCCACAGGGUGAUCAGUGGAGCCAGUGCUGUCAGCAUUUGGGAUGGGGAGAGAGAAAGAAGUGGCUCAACAUAAUACAUCUGAAAAUAACGUUUCAGAAACAAGGCUCUUUAAGCCCUGCCCCUCAUCUAACACCAUUGCCCCUUCUAAGAGAGGGAGAGGUGUGUGUGUGUGUGUUGGUCUCUCUCACAUGUAUCAGAUCUUCUCUGUAAAGAUCUCCACAUAGGUGGAUUGUUUUAGUAUAAAUAUAGCGUAACCACAUUCUUAAUUCUUAGCCCUUCACUGUAUGCCUGAUGCUACAGCCCUCACUCCUGUGAAUAACCCCUCAGAUUUCCAUGGAUCUAUUUGUAUAAGUGAACGCUUUGAGUCCUGAGGCCCUAGUUAUAAAUGCUUCUAGUAAUUCCUCUUCUUCCUUGUUGCUUAUAUGUUCAUAUCACUGAUGAUCUGCAAACAAACAUAGGAGAAGCCAUAAUAAAAGUCUUUCUGGGGUUCUAAUGGAGCUGAAGCUAUCAAUUUACACUGCAGAGGGGACAAAUCCCAAUGAGGGGAAAAUAUGAUCAAGCCUCUAAAAGGAUAAGAAACAAUGGAGAAUAAAAGAAACUACACAAAUAAGUUGACAGUGUCCCUACAGCCACCAUAUUUGAUGAUUACAAACUUAUAGAUAUAAAUUGGUGCCAGUAUUCAGAAGACUUGUUCCCUGGACUCUGAUAUUACGAGCUAUUAGAGCCUAAUUUCAGUAACUGAAACUCUCAGUGGAAUUUGUCUCUAGGACUGAUGCCCCUCUCUACUCUGUGUUAUCCUGCAAAUAUAUUUAACUUUCAGUAAACUGAAAGAAAACCAUUUGAGACUGUUGUAUAUUUAUCCUCUUUACAGUAUAAGUGAAGUCAAAUUUAUGAGGAAUCCAGAAAAAAAGUUUAAAAAGUCACAUGAUUUUCAGAAGUUAAAAUUACUUAUAACUGUAAUGAUGGCCAUAAGGCAUGUGAUUUCUGUUGGUGUAUUUGGUUAAUUUUCAGGCCGAUUUUCAAAACACUAUUGCAGUUUAGAUGCCUGCAGGGCAUUUCCUUAUGUGAAAA